GGGCGACUUGUAACUAGUAUUUACAAAUUGUGUGUACAAAUACAGCCUUCGAAGGUCUGAGAACGAACUCGAAGUGAAGCGGGGACGUUAAUAGUGACGGUGAGAGAAGCUGCUCGAUUCAGUUUCAUGACUGCAGUUGGUGGUCUUCAGGAACAAUAUUCUCUAUUCGUUCUAUUUCCAUCUACACUGAAAUUCACCCCAUGUUUCAAACUAAACGACUCCACACUGCAUGAUAUACACUGAGUUUCAAACGAUGUGGGGCUUUUACACGUUGACUGCAAGUGUACAAGGUGUAGGCUCUUUCAAGUCUUUUGAGCAUGCAUGCCUGAAUGAUUGGAUCUGAAGUUGACUGCCAGAAAUAAACUGCGAAAAGUUCGAGAAAGCAUCACUGCGCAGCUGAACAUUCAAGAUAACGAAACCGAAUCCAACACGCAGCCACAACGUGAUUCCUGGAAUUUGAAUCAGGGUGCUCAUCUCUGUUGCUUAACGAUACGUCCACAAUAUCUCCACUUUACUGCACCACUCGGCUUUGUCUCGUCUAAACACUGAAACCUUACACAAAAGAUAAAUCCUCAACCAUUGAUCCAGGUUCGCUGUCAUCCAAUUGAGCUAGGCCACUGCCAUCUGAUCAUAAGUUGACCUUCGUCACUUAGAAGACAAAAAAAAUUGAACUUAUUCGAAAAAUCACUAAAAAGUUGUUAAGCCUUCGAAACUCUUGAAGACGGAAAGACUGUGAAAGAGGGUGGACUGCGGCAGUACCAAACAGGUCUUUUGAAGUCACAGAUCUGGACCCACGUGCUUUCAAAUGUGAGUCGCAGUCUAAACAUCGCACUCUCGUUUUCAUAUGUAUCAGUGCAGAGUCUUGUUUCCGAGGGAAAGUUCUCAGAUCAUCGUCCUACGAUACCAAUAGCCUGCAUUUCCACAACACAUAAACUCCUGCUAUUAAAGAGUCAAACUUCCUCACACACCACUGUAUUUUCAUUUUCAGUGUCAUGUAUUAUCUGAUUCCCAUCAGAUCACAGACACCCUAAAUGGAAAUGGGUACCACAGUUCAUCGUCCUGCUUCAAACCAUCUGCAAAGUGUACGAAGUCCCUUGGCCUCUGUCUGGUCUUUUGACCGCGGGAGCUCAUUGCAUGGAAGAAGUAGGAACCAAUACCACCCCGCUUUCACCAAACAACCAACCCACUACAGAAGUGUUAGAUUUCUCAGCAGCUGAAAGACUGCGAGCACGUCUCGACUACACAACGAGCUGCAUAUUCUGAUGAUCUCAUAUCUUGGACAUCUGAAACUUUAUCCUGACACUGUAUUUCCGAAUGGCGUUCCACAGUCGGAAACUGCUGCUCAAUAUAAGAGACUGGGGAACAAACCGUACGAAACUCUAUCGUCGGUUGGGCACAGACCCUUCCCAUUUCCCAGCAGGUCCAUGCGCCGUACUUACAAGGCGAUCAGGACCGAGUCCAGGAGCUUGAGAUUUGUCUGCCUGGUGGUCGGUCGGGCACCGUCGGUGACCGCCAAUACUGCGGCUCCUGCCUACAGCCUGUAG